AUGCGGCAUGAGGAGGCUGGUGGUACAUGGGUAUCUUCAUUCGUCAAUGAUGGGAAAUUAUGUGUGGCAGCCCUACGUGACAGAAUCGAAAGAGCAUACUUCCCGGUUUGUGAUGGGAACUUCUCGUGGCUAAAAAUGAUCCCAUUAAAAGUAUUGGGAUUUAUUUGGAGAGCAAAAAAAAGUCGAAUACCCUCGGCAGCAGCACUCAAUAACAGAGGUGUUGCAUUGGAAUCAACUGUUUGUGGUGUAUGUAAUACGACAGAAGAAACUGGUGACCAUAUCCUUGUAACAUGCUCAUUGGCGAGGAACGUAUUGCGAAUGAUUCUUCACCGGUGUGGAUUACCGGGGAUGGACUUUCAUUCGGUAUCAGACAUUAUCGAUUAUGCGUCUAGAUGGGGCAAUUGUCCUAAGAAGAGAAGAAGAUUAACGACGAUAUUAUUUGGAGCUAUAUGGUGUUUAUGGAAAGCCCGUAAUGAUAGAAUUUUUUAA